GUUCAAAAAAACGACGAAAAUCAUUAGGUCGCGACGUCACGCUUGUGACGUGGCUUUUUCUUCAGUUCUGAGUUCUCGCACCGCCAUAUUUUGUCGCCUGUGCUGCCGGCGGUACGAGUGUACAUCAUCCGCCUUCGAAAAUGGGAAACAUAUUCGCCAACCUGUUCAAAGGCCUUUUCGGCAAGAAAGAGAUGAGGAUUCUCAUGGUUGGGCUCGACGCCGCUGGCAAGACGACAAUUCUCUAUAAACUCAAGCUGGGCGAAAUUGUCACGACCAUUCCAACCAUCGGAUUCAAUGUGGAAACCGUUGAGUACAAAAACAUUAGCUUCACAGUAUGGGACGUUGGCGGUCAGGAUAAGAUUCGACCUCUGUGGCGUCAUUACUUCCAGAACACUCAAGGUUUAAUAUUUGUAGUCGACAGCAACGACAGGGAGCGUAUCGGUGAAGCCAGGGAAGAGCUGAUGAGGAUGUUGGCGGAAGACGAGCUUAGAGAUGCGGUGUUGCUCAUCUUCGCCAACAAACAGGACUUGCCAAAUGCAAUGAAUGCCGCAGAAAUCACGGACAAGCUGGGCUUGCAUUCGCUGCGCAACCGCAACUGGUACAUUCAAGCCACGUGUGCCACCAGCGGGGACGGCCUCUACGAGGGGUUAGACUGGCUCUCGAACCAGCUCAAGAACCAGAAGUAGGGAGGGGGAAAUGCUCCUGCUGCUGCUGCACCACCAAAAGAGACUUCCUUCUACCUUCCUUUCUCUCCCACACCCCUGGUCUUUCUGGUCCGCCUCCUCCGGCCCCCCUUUUUCGCCCCUUCCUCGCCUCCCCCUGUGAAAGUGAACAAUGACAAUGGACUCCUUCCUCUUUUUUUUUAGUCUUAAUUUUUUUGUUUUCUCCGACUUAGUGCGCAGCCUCCUACGAGAAGGGGGGGGAUAGGAGGCGAAAGGACGAGUGUUUAAAAAAAAAAAUAGAAGUUGCGCAUUACGCACGGCAAGAGUGUACCCCCGGCGAAUUUCGGAUUAAAAAGACAAAGAAGGCUUAGCUGCAUUUCUGUGAGGAUGGUCUCGUGGGUGGGUUCUUUUGGUGUGUGUGCGUGCUUCUGAGUUUGUACAUAACAUUGGAAAGAAGUUUGGGCCCAAUUUGUGUACGUGUGUGCGGAGGGCAGUGGUGCCGUAUACAUAAUUUUAUUGCAGUAUAAAAGGUCUUUCCAUCAGCCCUAAGUUACGUCUGCUUCAUUCAGUGCUCUUUGAUAGGUCAUCUUUCUUGCGUAUCUUUGUAAUUUUCACUGAAAAUAAAUUGAUAAUGUUUAGGA